UUUACAAACAAAGAUGAAACAUCAUUUAUCACAUCAGAGCAAUCACUGUUUGUUGUGGUCUGCAGAAAUAAAAACAUUGCGUUUAAACUACUAUUGUCAUAUAGUCUAGCCCUGUACCAUACCAAAAAAGCGAUAAAAUAGAUUGUGUUUAUUAAAAAAAAACACAUCUAUUUUCAUUCAUUCAGCAAUAAUUCAUGUCUGUUUGCUGGACAUGACGUGUGUCACGUGGGCUGGUGUAAUGGUCCGUUCAAAUAGACAAAAAACAUAUAUUUUUACAAUAACUACACAUUCAACGUGGUAAUUACAUCAGUAUUAACUAAGGGAUGAUUUGUAAUGCCAUUACAGAGGAAAUGCAACCGGAUGUUCGCCUCGGAUCGCGCAGGCUUCUGGGUAAUGUAAGGUGCAGGCGGCACAACACGACUGCUGGUGGAAAAAAUAGCUUCCGCAUGUAAGGUAACAACGUAACUACGCCAGCGCUGCAGCUCGCCCAGUCCUAACAUGAGUCUGAACGAGCAUUCACUGCAAGCACUGUCCUGGAGGAAGCUGUACCUGAGCCGGGCUAAACUGAAGGCUUCUAGUCGAACAUCAGCUCUGCUUUCUGGAUUUGCUAUGGUGGCUAUGGUAGAAGUGCAGCUGGACAACAGCUAUCCUUAUCCACCGGCUCUCCUUAUUGCCUUCAGUGCCUGCACCACUGUGCUUGUGGCUGUUCACCUGUUUGCUCUGAUGGUCAGCACCUGCAUUUUGCCCAAUAUAGAGGCUGUCAGCAAUGUCCACAACAUCAACUCUGUGAAUGAGUCCCCACACGAGCGGAUGCACCGACACAUUGAACUGGCAUGGGGUUUUUCGACAGUUAUAGGUACUUUACUCUUCCUGGCCGAGGUGGUUCUACUCUGCUGGGUCAAGUUUUUGCCCGUUAAGCCCAAAAACUCCAGCAAUGAUACAGUUUCAGCUGGUGUGGCUGCUGCUAUUACCUCCACCUCUAUUAUGGUCCCCUUUGGUUUAGUCUUCAUUGUCUUUGCUGUGCAUUUCUACCGCUCGUUGGUCAGCCACAAGACUGACAGACAGUUUCAGGAGCUAGAGGAGCUCUCUAAUCUCACCAGGCUACAGAACGAGCUGGACAACAGAGGGGAGUCUUCCAUCUUGCAGUCUCCAAGCUCACAUUUCCCAUAGUGAAGUAUGGUGGAUACACAUCUAUGGUGGAACUCUUGACUGCUUGGGAUAUCUCCAAGCCAGAAGCCACGUUAUUGGCUUCUAAUAUUUUUACAGGAAUGAAGAUGUCUCACCUCUUUGUUGUAAAAUUUACAUUUGUGAAAAGAGUUGUAUUUUUUAGGAAACAUGUUUGAAAUGUGAACACACAAAUCUGCCGUAAUGCAUGUGACUUGAAAUUGGAAAGUCUUAAUUGAAGUUGUAACUAGUUGCUUGAUUUGUCCUCUAACAGAGACAUCUGAACCCUACUGGAAUCCUGUCUGUUGCCUGCUGCAUUUAUUUACAGUUUGUCAGUGAACACUGCAUUUGUUAAUAUACUGCUGUUGUGUUUUGUAAACCACAAGAUAACUCUUUCCUCCUUAUUCACUGUUUACAUUUCUUGUAAUGUUCACAAACUGAUUUUGUAAUGCUUACUGUUUGUGUUGACUGACUCAACAGCUCCUAAAACUACAGUAUUAUUAGUUAUUAUUUGCUGACAUCUGUAGCACAGGCUGUCAUGUUAAAAUAAACUCUGUUUUACCAAGUGA